UGCGGUGUCUCUGUGGGUGGAUUCCUAGCUUCAGAGUACCAUGCUGUGUCUCCUGUUUUCAGCAGUUCGCUGGAGGUAAAAGAACUCUGGCUAAAGACCCUCCCGGGGCAGAAUCAAAGCUUCACACUGGUGUAAUGCCCCCUUGGACUGUCAAUCCCAAAUCCAAUGAAGUUGAUAAGCAGUCUCCAAUCAAAAACACUUAAUGCCAGUAACAUGGAGACAUUAAUUGAAUGUCAGUCGGAGGGUGAUAUCAAGGCUCUUCCGCUACUAACCUCUUGUGACAGUGAAGACAGCAUUUGCCAGCUAAUUGAAGUUAAGAAGAGAAAGAAAGUGCUUUCCUGGCCCUCUCUCAUGAGAAAGCUCUCUCCUUCAUCUGACUUCUCUGGGCCGUUGGAACCAGAGCUCAAAGAGCCACUGUUUGAUCAACCCUUGUCGGUCAUCUGUGGGAAAAACGAUGUACUCCCCAGACCCAUCCAGGACAUCCUCACCAUCCUCUGCCUUAAAGGCCCCUCAACUGAAGGAAUAUUCAGGAAAGCAGCCAGCGAGAAAGCCCGCAAGGAGCUGAAAGAGGAACUUAACUGUGGGAGCCCGGUGGAUCUGAACCAGCUCCCAGUACACCUCCUGGCUGUGGUCUUCAAGGACUUCCUCCGAGGAAUCCCCCUGAAGCUGCUGUCCUGUGACCUCUUUGAGGAGUGGAUGGACGCCCUGGAGAAGCCAAGCGAGGAGGACAGAAUCGAGGCCCUAAAGCAGGUUGCAGACCGCCUCCCCCGACCCAACCUUCUACUGCUCAGGCACUCGGUCUACGUGCUGCAUCUGAUCAGCAAGAACGCCGAGGUCAACAAGAUGGACUCUAGCAACCUAGCCAUCUGCAUCGGGCCCAACAUGCUCACUCUGAAGAAUGACCAGAGCCUGUCCUUCCAGGCGCAGAAGGACCUGAACAGUAAGGUUAAGACAUUGGUGGAAUUCCUCAUUGACAACUGCUUUGAAAUAUUUGGGGAGAACAUUCCGACACAUUCCCGCAUCACUUCUGACGACUCCCUGGAACACACUGACAGUUCAGAUGUGUCGACUCUGCAGAAUGACUCAGCUUAUGACAGCAAUGACCCGGAUGUGGAGCCCACAAGUGCCAUCCCUUCCCCCAGCAGGCAGCCAGAGGGGCCCACGGCCACAGUGGCUGGCCUGGAUAACCAGGCCACCUGUGAGUCAAGCUCAGAACCCUUUGUUAGCAUGGUGGCCAGGCUGAAAAGCUCCAUUGGCCAGCCAGACAGGCGGUUCUCUGAACCCAACAUGUCACCCUCACCAGAGUGCCUCCUGGGCCAAAGGACAAAACAGAAACUAACCAAGAGCGAGGAUGACGUCACCAUGCCCCAGGAAGCCUCUUGUCUUGAGGGCGAUGGAGUUGAAGACCCAUUUACAGAGGAAGUCUUCCCAGCAGUUGAAGGCAAGCCCAAGAGGCCAGUGGAUCUAAAGAUAAAGAACUUGACCCAAAGUUUAGCAUCGUCACAGGGACCGGUACCCAAAACUUUGUCCAGAGUCUCCCCAGGGAAAUCUUUGGACAACUCACCCAUACCUUCUCCGUCCUGUCCCAAAAGAAGCUUCUUCACCAGACACCAGAGUUUCACCACAAAGACAGACAAGAUCAAACCCCAGAGAGAGAUCCGAAAGCACUCCAUGUCCUUUUCCUUCACCUCUCACAAAAAACUGCUGCCCCGGACCUCCAGCGUCGGGUCUGAGAAAUCCAAAGACUUUUCUAGAGACCAGAUCAAGAAGGGUUUGAGGAAAGACAGCCAGCUUGCUGGCAGAAUCAUCCAGGAAAACGAGUCAGAAAUCCAAAGCUUCAGCUUGUCUCGAACCUGGGCCCUCUCGGUUGACAACGUGUUCCAGCUAGUUGAGGUGAGGAAGCCAGGAAACCCACCAUCGUAUGAAGAGGCCAUUCAUUGCCAGGCAUCUGGACUCACAGCCUACAGUGGACAGACGGUUGGCAGUAUGAGAGCGAGAAUGCUCAAAUGGAACACCGCUCUGCCUCCUCGCCUUGGAGGUCACCACGGCGAAGGCACGCCUGGUGGACACAGGCUGUCUCCCAUGACUGAGCACUGGAAACAGAGUCAGACUGUCAGUGUCUCUGUGGAAACUCAGGGGAGAUCCGAGUUGCACCAGUUGAGGACCGUGUCUGAGUUAGACUGUCUCAGGCGACAACACAGCCACGUGGUUUUUGAGGUCGACCAACUCCAGUGUGCUAAAGAAUCUUACAUUUAGGGAAGGAGACCUUGUACCAUGUGCUGCCUGUCGAUUCUACUUUCCAAAGGGUCAUGAAUAAGCUUAUUCCGAAUGUUGUGUAGCGCUCUCCUCCGUGAGGAUGGCUUACACAGCGACACAUCACAUCGUGUAUGUGUGUGUGUCUGGGUUUGUGCAAUUUGUAGUAAAUGUGUAAAAUGUGCCAUAGACAUAUUAGAUGAAAGGGUGUCUGCAUACAUCCUUGCAUGCAUGCAUUUGUGUACUUUCUAUAUAUUGCGGGGGUAUUUGUUCUCAGGUGCAUGUUUCUAUUGAUUGGGGGGGGAAAUCUUUACUUUUCUUAGUUACCCCAAAUAUCUUGCCAAUGGUCACAUUUUGCCGAGAGCUUCACGUAGGUGGAAAUGUCUGAACCUCUGACAUGUUUGUGCUCCUAAGCAGGCUUGUGACAACUAGCCAGCUUAAUAGAAGGAAAUAGACUGAAAGGCACCUGUCGGCAGCCCCAGGAAGGUUUUUCUGUCAUCGAAUGGAAUGUGGGCGGAGUGGUGGAAAUGUGUUUUCUCAGUGUUAACCCAGGCAGAGCACUUGGAGCCUCUGGGUGGCGUUUUGUGAGUCAGUGUGGAGGUGCUUGACGGGGUAUGUGUUGUGUCGUGAAUAAUAAAUACUGCGGUGGGGUUUCACUACAAUAAACUGCCCUCCCCUUUUACAGGGCUCAUUCUUUGCUGGCAUUAUCUCCUUUCCCUCAGUUAAUAGGAAUCCAUCAAGAACAACCAUCCACAUACUGGUCCAUUCACCCAGCGUCUGUUCGCAACAUUCUCAUUGUUCUGGGCCGUCACACACCUUGGGGAGCUUGUGUCCAGGGGAUGCAGUCUCUCUCUGGGGGAUCUGAGACUUUUUUUUUUUUUUUUAAGCAAGCUGUCACUUGGGGGACAGAAAAAAACUGUAAGACACAGGAUAAUCUGGCAAAUGUAAUGCUUCCCAUUUGUAAAUUAGACUUCCACAUCUCACUUUUGUGAUGCUCAGUUUCCUUUAUUAUUAGCUAUCAUAGGAACAAAUGUUUGUGAUCUUAGAACUUACUACUCAAUAACCAUGUUAUUUAUCCAAAUAUUUUAUAGUACUGAACUCCAAUCUUCCUAAUUAUGUCCACUUUUAUGACACUGUGUACAUUUCUGAUUUUGUAAAAACAAAAAAACAUCUGAUUCUUCCUCAGAAGUGGUUUACUGUGAAUUCAGUUAGCCAUGUUGUAAACUGGGUUGUUAAAGCCACGUGACCAAAAUAAACAUUUAAAAUGCUCUGU